UCCCGGGGCGCAUUGGGUAUGCGCCGCCCCGCCCCCUGUCCCAUUAGGAUGCUGUUGGCACGCGGAGCUAUGGCGAACUUCCGUCUGGCACUAAUUCAGCUGAAUGUACAGUCUGUCAAAUCAGAAAACCUGCAACGUGCCUGUGGGCUAGUAAGAGAAGCAACAGCCAAAGGUGCAAAAGUUGUGGUUCUGCCUGAAUGCUUCAAUUCUCCAUAUAGUGUUAAAUUUUUUCGUGAAUAUGCGGAGGAAAUUCCUGGGGAAUCCACACAGAAGCUUUCAGAAGUUUCAAAGGAGUGUGGCAUCUUUCUCAUUGGAGGAUCCAUUCCAGAACAGGCCGGUGGGAAGUUUUAUAACACAUGCACUGUGUUUGGACCUGAUGGUGCAAUGGUGGCAAAGCACAGAAAGAUUCAUUUAUUUGACAUUAAUAUACCUGAGAAAAUCCGAUUCCAGGAGUCUGAAAUUCUGAGCCCUGGGGACAGUUUCUCUGUUUUUGAUACUCCAUACUGCAAAGUGGGACUGGGGAUCUGCUAUGACAUCCGGUUUGCUGAGCUUGCUCAGAUCUACUGUCAGAGAGGUUGCCAGUUGUUAGUGUAUCCUGGAGCUUUUAACCUGACAACAGGACCAGCUCACUGGGAGCUACUGCAAAGAGGAAGAGCUGUCGAUAACCAAGUCUAUGUGGUAACUGCAUCUCCUGCUAGGGAUGAAAAAGCAUCUUAUGUUGCCUGGGGACACAGCACUGUUGUAAAUCCAUGGGGGGAAGUUAUAGCCAAAGCUGGCACUGAGGAAACAGUUAUAUAUGCAGAUAUAGACUUGAAGAAGCUUGCAGAAAUCCGCCAGCAACUCCCCAUUCUUGCCCAAAAACGCUCAGACCUCUACUGUGUUGAGGCAAAGAAACAGUGAGACUUUUAGCCUAUGGAUCUAUUUGCCCAGCUUCUUUUGCAACGAGCUCUUGUCCUUUGCCUUAAUCUUCAUAAACAAGCCAGAAAAAUCAAUAAUUUUCACACAGCCAUGAGGAACUCGUACUCAAAUGUUAUAAUUACACAAAGUGAGUUGAAUG